AUGACGACGAUCCUCUCAUCUAAAUCGAUCAAGAGUUCAGAAUCAUGGAUUCCGAUCUGCUUACCGGGCUACAAUCCCACUGGAUUCUUGCAUGCCUAUGUGAACUUUGAACCGGGCGGCAAGGAGGUAGGCUUGGUCUUGAUCUCCAAGGAUCGGACGGGCUUUUACGAUGCACAACGCUGGGCGAGAGAGAUCUUCAAGGAUCCGAUUUGGGCUGAAUUCCAUCGUCUGCGAUCCCCUCUCCAUCCUGAUCCUCCUUCUUCUCUUCUUUCCACUUCAUCAUCUUCAUCAUCCUCAUCCUCUUCAAAAAAACCUGAAGAAGACCAUCAGCCGAGUUCUCCUCCUCCUUCGAUCCCGGGCAUCCCCGGCCUCAGACACUUCAUCUUUAAGGAUAAGAAGUUUGUUCAAGUUAGCUUUCCUGCAUGGGAGGACGACUAUCUGAUCGAAUCUAAUCGCCAAAGAUUGAUGACCAAUUAUCAGAAAGCUUUCGAUUUAAUUCAUCCCAAACAACCCAAACUGAUCAAAAGAAUCAACACCGAUCCGACCGAUCCAUCAUCUCCAGACCUGGAUCAAGAUCUCCCUUCCUCUUCUUUCAAUACCUCUACUACGCUUCCGCCCCCCAUUAAAUUCACUUUAUUUAAAACUCAAUUCGAAUCAGUUAUUGGUUGGAUAAAUGAAUCUCAUGAGAUUUAUGUGACUGUUUCACCGUUGAUCUCCAAAUCUGCGUCGAUCUUGAUUGUUCAUUCAAUUGUCAAUUGGAUCAAAGUCCAUCACCAAUCUCUUUUCUUAACCUCUACUAAUCAAUUCUAG